AUGAAUUUUACAUUUCAGCUGGACGGCUCCAAUUGGAGCAAGCAGUUGGGCUUGAUCAACAACUACCGAGAGCGUGUUAAGAAGGAGCACAUCGCGCUGCUGCUGCGUGGAGCCAGCAUUCUCGAGCAUGUGCUCAACACAAGUUUCGGGGCUAGUGAAUUCUUCGAGUACCAACUCAAAAAUCCCUACAACCGAGAAGUGACAAUCUCGAUAUCAAUUGACGACGAGACGUAA